AACGUGGCCGGAGCUUGUUCGCGCGGCAGAUCCAAGGAGCCCCGGAGGAUCGGGUAAGACAGCAUUCUGAGACAUGUGUGUAUGUUAAUGAGGGUGGUGUGUAUUGUACCUGGUUUUGAAUUUUCUUGAUAUCGUACAAUACCGACGGAUGUUACAUGAACUUGUGGUAAACUUACUCCAUUCAAGUUGGCAGUGUCUUGCCCUGAUCACGGCCCUGCGAUAACUCCCAAACCUCCACAGAGAUUAACCACUUGGUUGCGUUACCAAGUAGCUGUGUCGCAACCGCCAUUCUAACCCCCAUCCCACGUCAAAAUGAGCGGACAACUCGAGGCUGAGCGCAAGGAAUACGAGAGUCAGCUCGAGCUCGUCAUCACAUCGCUUCGAGACGACCCCGACAAUGCCGAACUGCAAGGUCUCAAAAACGAACUGGAGCAGAUGAUCCAACUCAUCGACGAAUCGCUCGCUGAACUAAAGCCCAAGAACGAAGCCCCCAAGCCCGCACCGAAGGGGGCGGCCUCGCCGCCAGCGGAGCAGAAAUGGUCGCGCGAGAACCACCCGGCGUUCAAAAAGGCGGCCCCCGCUGAGGAGAAGGAGAGGGAGAGAGAGCCCGAGGCCAUCUCAUAUCAGGUCAACGAUACGGUCAUGGCAAAAUGGGUUUCGGGUGACAAGGGCUUCUACCCGGCGCGCAUCACCGCCGUGACUGGUUCGUCCACGGCACCCAUCUACACAGUCAAGUUCAAAAGCUAUGACACCGUCGAGACGCUGCGUGCUAAGGAUAUUCGCCCCAUCGCACAGAAGCGCAAGGCUGACGGCACUGCCGUGUCGAGCAACACCAGCGCCAUCGGCGGCGGCGCUGCCCCGACCAGCACGGCCAGUCCGUCGUCGCUUACACCAGCCCCGGCAAACAACGGUAUCGUUAUGUCCGCCGCCGCUGAUAUGUAUCCGCAGGCCCAGGCGGCCGACAAGGCGGCCGAUAACGACGAUGAGAAGCCGCGCCCCAAAUUCAAGAAGAUCAAGGCGACCAAGGAAUUGGAAAAGGGCAAGAGUAAAUGGCAGGAGUUUACUACCAAGGGGAAGUUUGGCAAAGCGGCGAAGAAGGAGAGCAUGUUUCGUACGCCGGAGGGCCCUGGCGGCCGGGUUGGCUUCACCGGCUCCGGACAGACAAUGCGCAAAGACCCUACCCGAACUCGCCAUGUCUACCAGCCCAACGAAGAACUGGACUAGACUAACCUGGCGUUUCUUUCAGACACGUUGUCACGGCUUGGGGCGGAAUUGAAUUACUCCUCGAGGGCACCAACACCGGCGCCACGGGCAUCCGGUAACCUAGGGGAGAAAUGACGACAAGGCUGGAGUUCUGGUUGAGAUGAAUUUGGUUACCUUCUCCUUCGUCCCCAGCUGCUGCUUUUAUCAGACGGAGGCUAACGUGGCCUUGGAUGCCAACCUUCGCUAGUUGAUGCGCUACUGCUCUUCGUCGACUUCUCGUUUGACAAGGGGGCCAGACGAGGAACUCUAGAGUUAGCCGUAGUAUGCCUAUAAAAUGAGAUACCCUGUACUUUGCCUCCACACC